AUACGGUGGAGUGUAAUUAUCCCUUUUCAAAAAGAGAGGACAUCUCAUAGUCCAAUAAUAGCAUAAGGAUGGAUCCCUUUGCCACCGUAGCUCUUUUAGCCACAGUUUUCAUGCUAUCUAUUGUAUGGAUGAUCAAAAAAACAAGUAAAGAAGCGCCUCCCUUGCCUCCAGGGCCACGAGGCCUGCCAAUACUCGGGUACUUGCCGUUUCUACAUGAAAACCUACACAUACAAUUCACUGAACUAGCCCACAAAUACGGCCCUAUCUACAAGUUCAAGCUCGGAAACAAGCUCUGCAUGGUGAUCAGCUCGCCGUCCCUAGUAAAAGAGGUGGUACGUGAUCACGAUACAGUAUUUGCCAACCGGGAUGCGCCAAUUGCUGCAUUGAUCGCGUCGUAUGGAGGGAACGACGUUGUGUGGACGGACUACGACUCACACUGGCGCAUGAUGCGAAAGAUAUUUUCGAGGGAGAUGCUCAGCAACAGCAACAUUGAGGGGUCGUACCAUCUCCGGAGGGGAGAGGUAAGGAGGGCCCUCAGAGAUGUUUAUUCCAAGAUUGGGACGCCGGUGGACGUCGGUCAAGUAACGUUUUUCAUUGAAUUGAAUGUGAUAAUGAGCAUGAUCUGGGGCAGCACGAUCGAGGGGGCGAAGCGGGACAGGAUCGGGGAGGAGUAUUGGGGGGUGGUGUCGAAGCUCGUUGAUUUGUUGGGGAAACCGAAUGUUUCGGAUUAUUUUCCGGGUCUUGCCAGGUUUGAUGUACAGGGGAUUGCGAAAGAGAUGAAGGGUUAUGUGCAGUGUGUGGAUAGAAUCGUUGAUGAGGUGGUGAAGGAGAGGAUGGGGAUGGCAGAAAAUGGGAAAAUUGAUCAAGGGAAGAAGGAUUUUCUGCAGACUCUUAUAGAUCUCAAGGAGAGCAGAAAUGCUGAGACAUCCAUCAACAUGACUGAGUUAAGGGCCCUUUUAAUGGACACAGUGGUAGGUGGAACCGACACAACAUCAACCAUAAUCCAAUGGGUCAUGGCAGAGCUUCUAAACCACAAGGAGAAACUGCAUAAAGUGCAGAAAGAACUGUCGGAUCUCAUAGGCCUAAGCACCGUCGUCGAAGAAUCCCAUCUACCGAAACUGCGCUACUUGGACGCCGUAGUAAAAGAAACCCUGCGCUUACAUCCCGCGGUGCCCCUUCUCCUCCCGCGACGCCCCAGUCAAUCCUGCGUCGUCGGCGGGUACACAAUCCCCAAACACGCCACUGUUUUUCUCAACGUGUGGUCCAUUCAGAGAGACCCUAGUCUCUGGGACAAUCCCCUGGAAUUCAACCCGGAGAGGUUUCUAAACGGGACUGAUCAAGAAUGGGAUUUUCAUGGUAACAAUUUUCAGUAUGCGCCGUUUGGAUCGGGCAGGAGGGUAUGUGCUGGUGUGGCUCUGGCCGAGAGGACGCUGAUGUAUAUAUUAGCUUCACUUCUGCAUUCAUUUGAGUGGCGAUUGCCGGACGGCGAAGAUGUGGAUAUGGCGGAGAAACUCGGACUUGUGUUGAGGAAAAGCCAACCGUUGAUUGCCAUUCCCACGCCCAGGCUGUGUGGGGAGGGUCUGUAUGUUUAGUUCGGUACCGUUGAUUUAUGUGAUGUAUUCUGCUUAAUUCAGUCGGGAAUAUGUGUACACUGAUGGAAUAAAUUAAAUAAGGAAAAAUAGCAACUCCAUUGUGAUAUUGCAAAUAAGCAAAUUACCUCUUUAUGACAAAA